AUGGAAAACGCUCAGCUGCGUUUCGGAUGCCCGACCUCCGCAGAUGUAAAAUUGUGGCUGAUGGGCCCAAAUGAGGAAAAAUACGAAAGAAAUCCAGUUCAUCUCCAUUCCGUGAUUCUGGAAAGAUCAGAGUUUUUUGAAGUCAAGUUGUCAGACCAGUCAUCAAAUAAACUGCCCGAAAUCACAGUAAUUACUUCUCAUGGCUUCCAUGACUAUUUAAAAUGCAUUCAGCUCAUGUAUGGCGAGCGGGUGAAUUUCUCCAAUGUUGAGGAAUGCCUGGCUAUUCUUUCAGUCGCUUCCGAGUUACUUGUUGAUGACUGCAUCAACAAAUGUAUGCAAUACUUGGAAGCAGUUCGUUGGACUGCGGAACAAAAAACCCAAAUGCGAGAGGUGCUCUCUUCUCUGGGGUUGGAAGCUUCAGCAGAUUUAGCUGCAAGGCUUCAUACAGAGGACGACGAACAUAUAAUCUUUGUUGAGAGGAUGGUCACAGAAAUGGUCUCUCUCAUUCAAGGUCACCAUCAGGUAACCAAAAACCGCAAAAUUGCUGAGGAAUAUAUAACGGGCAUCUUGGAGGGAAAUUCAUCUAGGGAGGUUGUGGAAGUAUGCGGGCGUGUGCUUUUGCGAGAGUUCAAAUCAUGCAUUGGUUCGGGUAAUUUCUUGGGUAUGAGGUCUCUGUCUAAAUUUAUCCAGUAUUGCAAGGGAGAGAUACUCGAAGCUGCGUUUAGGGCUUUUGUUGAAGAUCCAGAGCUUACUAAGCAUAUCAAGGAGCUAGCUUGGGAAACAUACCAACAAUGUUGUGAAGAUGCGUUCUACACUAUAAUCUGGUUUAUGGAGGCCACAGGAGAGGGAAAGAUGAAUAUUUCAAGAGCUUCUCGAAUUUCUUUUCUCAUUACUUGGUUACCGAUCAUGACCAAAUUAUGUUUUGGAGAACUUCUCAAAUUUGCAGAGUUUGAGAAAGCAGUGCUUAACAUCGUUGAGAGCCUCCUUCUGGUGGACAAGGAACGUAUUUGUGCAGUAUGGGCAAAGGUUUACAACGAUUAUAACAUCGAUAUUGCUACUCCAUUUACUUUGUUUAAAGAUCUACUAGAUGCUCACGACAAAUAUACACCAAAGCAGUAG